AUGGCCGUGGCCCUUGUCCGGGCGGCGGGGCGAGCAGGCGCGGUUGCGGCGCUGGCGCUGCUGUGGCUGCUGCUCUGCGCUCCGGGUGACGGCGGCUGUCACCCCCUGACCGUGGCCGAUCUCUUCGACCGGGUGAUCCGGCACUCGGGCAGGAUCCACAGCCUCUCCACGGCGCUCUACGCCGAGCUGGAAAAACACUUUCCUCCCCGUGACAACGAGCUGGGAAGGCCCGCUCGGAAGUGCCACACGUCGGGGAUGCUGACCCCCAACGGCAAAGAAUAUGCCCAAAAAAUCCCGAGAGAAGAACUAACUCACCUGAUACUGAAACUUUUGCAAGCCUGGAAAGAACCACUUUCCCACUUUAACCAGCAUAUUGAGCACCAUCAAGAGCUACCUGAUGACAGCCUUAGCAAAGCUAAGCAAAUCAGCAAUAUGGUGCAUGAGCUGAAGACUGGAGUUGAGAAAGUAACAGAAAAGAUGCAGUCAAUGGGGAUCAUCAGCAAUUCAUUAAAUGGAAUGGCAUCAUCUGAAGGCACUGGUUUAUCAAUUAGUAAUGAAGCAAACACGAUGAGUGACUCUGACUUCAUUCACUGUUUUAGGAGAGAUUCCAAUAAAGUACAAAGCUACUUAAAAAUUCUCAAAUGUAGGAUUAUGCCAGAAAAUAGUUGCUAA